AUGCACACUAUUUUCAGGGUAGGUGAAAUCAAACAGACAGUCGAUAAUAAACGUCUAUGGGAAGUACAACUGAGUAUUACUAAUGACGAUGAUCCCCAACUUGCUAUUCUUACCGACCGCAUUAAAGAGGAAGUUCAGGGCUCUAAUGGAUGGUUUCGAAUGGGUAAAUUGAUGAUCAAAGUGGGUCAUUUCAAUCAAGCUGAAGCAUUCCACAAUGAACUACUCAAGAAUGCUUCAAGUGAUAUCGAAAGAGCAUAUAUUUAUCAUCAACUCGGAAGGGUGAAAGACAAUCAAGGUAAAUACCAAGAAGCAGUUGCAUUCCACGAAAAAUCAAUUGAGGUAAGAGAAAAAUCUCUACCUCCGAAUCAUCCCGAUUUGGCUGAAAGCUACAACAACAUUGGUAUGGUAUAUAACCACAUGAGUGACUAUGUGAAAGCACUUAAAUUUUACGAAAAAUCAAUCCAAAUAAGAAAAAUAUGUUUGCCUCCAAAUCAUUCCGAUUUAGCUGAAAGCUACAACAACAUCGGUCUAGUAUAUAGCAAUAUGGGUGAAUACUCGAAAGCACUUGAGUUCUACGAAAAAUCAAUUAAAAUUAAAAAAAUAUCUCUACCUCCAAAUCAUCCAGAUUUGGCUACUUCCUAUGGCAACAUGGGUAUAGUGUAUUACAAAAUGGGUGACUAUUCCGCAGCACUUAAAGUUUUCGAACAAGACCUCGAAAUAAAGAAAAAAACUCUACCUCCGGCUCAUUCCUCAUUGGCUACAGCCUACACCAACAUCGGUGUAGCAUAUAACAGCAUGGGUAACUACUCAAAAGCGCUUGAGUUUUACGAAAAAGCACUUAAAAUCAGAGAAAAGGCUCUGUCUCCGAAUCAUCCCGAUAUCGCUGACAGCUAUAGCUUCAUCGCUGGAGUGUAUAAACACAUGGGUGACUACUCAAAAGCACUUAAAUUUCACGAAAAAUCAAUGCAAAUAAGAAAAAUAUCUUUACCUCCGAAUCAUUUUGAUUUGGCUGAAAGUUACAACAGCAUCGGUCUACUGUAUAACACCAUGGGUGACUACUCGAAAGCAAUACCCUUACUAGAAAAAGCACUGGCUAUUUUCCAAAAUUCACUCCCUCCAACUCAUCCAAAUAUUAAAGUCAUGAUGCAUAACAUUCAAGUGGCGAAAAACAAUCUCUGA